GGGGUAGCUGCACCAAAGGGGUAGCGGCUGGAAAAGCGACGGCAUCUAGAAAACACGUUGUGUCGUACGUGUCGGCAGUGCACUAGAUAGACGAAGGACAUCGCAGCUAUCGGUCGCUCGCUCGUUCGCUCGCUCGUUCGCUCGCUCCUGUGCUCGCUGUUCGCCAUCGCCGGAGUGUGAGACGAGCGCUGUCGGUGGCCGCGGCGGCGUUUCUUGUAACUUCGGAGAAGGGCGGCGAUGGCGUUCGUUGGUAAGCUGGCACCUUUGGUGCGGCGCAUGUCCGCUGCGGCUUCCGCCAGCCAGGUUCCCGCCAAGCGCAAGGUAGCUGUGCUUGGUGCGGCCGGCGGUAUUGGCCAGCCCCUGGCCAUGCUUAUGAAGCUCAAUCCCGCCGUGGCGGAGCUCUCUCUUUACGAUAUUGCCGCUACCCCCGGUGUUGCCGCCGACGUCAGUCACGUCAACACUCCCGCUCAGGUCCAAGGAUAUGUCGGCGAGGAGCAGUUGGGUGAUGCCCUUAGUGGGUGUGAUGUAGUCAUCAUCCCUGCUGGCGUCCCCCGUAAGCCAGGCAUGACACGUGAUGACUUGUUCAAAAUUAAUGCCGGCAUCGUUAAGAAUCUUUGCGAAGCCAUCUCCAAACAUUGCCCUGAGGUUAUUGAGAGGAAUUCGCCCGAUCUGUUUGUGGAUAUUAUGACUGCGCGAAGUCAUGAUCUAUUUCCCUUGGAGGCGACUCCCAAGGCGGAAUUGCCCCAGGAUGUGCUGGACGCGCUGACCAAGCGCACACAAGACGGCGGCACUGAAGUGGUCCAGGCGAAGGCUGGCAAGGGAUCCGCGACUCUCUCGAUGGCGUAUGCUGGAGCAAUUUUCGCAGACGCGUGCUUGAAGGGCUUGAAUGGAAUGGAGGAUGUGGUUCAGUGCACAUACGUUCAGUCAAGUAUCACAGAGCUGCCUUACUUCGCCUCAAAGGUGACGCUUGGCCCGAAAGGUGUCGAGGAGGUCCAUCCGCUGGGUAAACUCUCUGAUUAUGAGAAAGCCGGACUGGAGGCUAUGAAGGCCGAGCUGCAUGACAGUAUCGAGAAAGGAGUAAAAUUCGUGUCUGGACAAUAGUUUUUCAUCAUCCUUCCUUUUAGAACCUUAGCAAACACGGAGAGAGAGAGAGAGAGAGAGAGAGAGAGAGAGAGAGAGAGAGAGAGAGAGAGAGAGAGUCUAGUGGGAAGAACGACUUCAACUUGGGCUGGGGGCUGUUUAUUAGUUGGAAUUGUAGGGUUUUUCGUCCCGCUGUCUGAGGGGAGGUUUACCACCAGUCUGUCAUUCAGUCUACUUCAUCCAUUUGUCUUUCUAUGGAAAUCCAGUUAUUUAAUUUUCUAGCCAUCAGCUGUUCAUCUUCUUGUUUAUGUUCUCCAUUUUUAACAUUCCAUGCAUACAUAAGUUUUAAUGCCUACUUUUCUGUUUCUAACUCUCUACCUUAUGCAGAAGUCCCCUACAUUGUUUGAUCGAUUGACAUAUUGUUCCUGGAAUCACUUCUCGACUCAGCAAUCGGUAUCUGGAGUCAAGUGUGUCCUCCUCUAUGGAUUGACUCUUGCCCCCCCAUUCUGCACUUUCAGAUGCACCACACACACACACACACACACACACACACACACACACACACACACACACACACGUGCGUAAACCAUGCGUAUGUCCGAGCCUCUUAUUCAAGUUAUUUUCCAUCUGUAAUUUUGCCCUGCCCUUAAAAAUUUGGCUGUCAUGCACAGGGGCAUAUUUGGUUCAAUCAGCCCUUUUUUUUUUUUUUUUUCCCCAGUAGGCGAAGCCAAUUCACGUGGCAUGUUUUCUGGUGCAUCGGAAGGCUCAAAUAAUUGCUGGGGAGCUGCACCUGCUGGAAUGUAGAUGACUCCAAUCAUUGCUGGGGAGCUGCACCUGCUGGAAAUCAGGUCCAGUGUCCCAAGAGAUCUUUGUUGUUCUUCUUACCCCGGUUGGUACUUGUCUCGAGCUUCGUGGUCGAUGUUCGUUUUUGCUUGGCCUUAUUCAAUAAACCACCACCAGUACU